AAUUUAAUCACAUUUAAAAAUAAAAAGUAACUAAGAACAUAAUGGUGAGCAAUUUUCUAAAAUCAUAAGAAGAGUCAGUAUUGUAACAGAGGAAUUUCCCGUGAAUUUGUGAUUACUAGGAUUUUAUACCUACGACAACUAUUUAUGUACCUUCUUCGAAGAUCAUUUCGAUAGUUUAAUAAAACUUUAAUCCGGCGUUUCCUCGUGUUUGGCAUUGUCAAAAUCAUAAAAAUGGCGGACCCAACCAGUUAUAAGAAUCGUCUGCAAAAUUUUAAGAACAAAGGAAAAGAUCAAGAUGAGAUGCGAAGGAGAAGAACUGAAGUUACAGUGGAGCUUAGAAAAAAUAAAAGAGAAGAAACUCUACAGAAGAGGCGCAACGUUCCCAUUGUUGACUCGACAGAUGAAGACGACAUCGAAAAAUCUCUAUCAAAUACAAACUUAGAACAGUUAGUCCAGCAAGCCGCAGCUGAUGAUAAUCCAGCGGUACAGUUAAUGGCUGUACAGUCUGCUAGAAAAUUGCUCUCUGCGGACAGGAAUCCACCCAUAGAUGCUUUAAUAGACAGUAAAAUUUUACCUGUACUUGUUAAAUGCUUAGAAAGGCAAGAUAAUCCUUCUUUACAGUUCGAGGCAGCUUGGGCACUGACAAAUAUCGCUUCUGGUACCUCAGCCCAAACAAAUAAGGUGGUAGCAGCUGGUGCAGUCCCCCUCUUCCUUAUGUUAUUACAUUCACCACAUCAAAACGUUUGUGAACAGGCUGUAUGGGCUUUAGGAAAUAUAAUUGGAGAUGGCCCCAUUCUAAGAGAUUAUGUUAUAGAAUUAGGAGUAGUCGACCCUCUGCUAUCUUUCAUAAAACCAGAAAUACCAAUCUCAUUUUUAAGAAACGUUACAUGGGUUAUUGUAAAUUUAUGCAGAAACAAAGAUCCAUCUCCUCCUACGAAGACUAUUGAAGAACUGUUACCUGCUCUGAAUGCUUUGAUACAUCAUACAGACGUUAAUAUCUUAGUCGACACAGUUUGGGCUUUAAGUUACCUAACUGACGGUGGCAAUCUUCACAUCCAAAUGGUCAUAGAUAGUGGUGUCGUACCAAAGCUCAUACCUCUCCUUAGUCAUAAAGAAGUCAAAGUUCAAACAGCAGCUCUCCGUGCAGUGGGUAAUAUAGUUACAGGUACUGAUGAACAAACACAAGUGGUGCUUAAUUGUGAUGCCCUCAGCCAUUUCCCAUCGUUAUUAGUACAUCCUAAAGAAAAGAUCUGUAAAGAAGCAGUAUGGUUCUUGUCCAAUAUCACAGCCGGAAGUAGAUCACAAGUGCAAGCCGUUAUUGAUGCUGGACUCUUACCGAAAAUAAUUCAUAAUCUUAGUAAAGGCGAUUUCCAAACACAGAAAGAAGCUGCUUGGGCUAUCACCAAUUUGUCUAUAGGCGGCAGUAGAGAACAAAUUGCUAGACUGAUACAGGAAGGAGUGGUGCCUCCAUUCUGUGAACUCCUCAACUGCAAAGAUGCUACAGUUAUCCAGGUUGUACUUGAUGGUAUUAAUAAUUUACUACAAAUGGCCGGUCCUCAAUUGGAACAGCUCUGCACAAUGAUUGAAGAAUGCAAUGGCCUGGACAAAAUUGAAGCUUUGCAAAAUCAUGACAACAUUAAAAUUUACAAAUUGGCAUAUGAAAUUAUAGAGCAAUAUUUCGGAGGCGAAGAGGUGGAGGAUUCCAACAUAGCUCCCACACAAGGAGAAGCAACAUUCAACUUCGAUCCAAAUACAAAUGUUCCAAAAGACUUCAACUUCUGAUCGUUUUAUGAAGAUGAUAAUUACUAAACGUUUAUUAAAAGUAAUUAAGUCAUCAUUAGCCAGAAGAAAGCGUUGCUUCCUUACUUUAUAUCAAAAAAACAAAACAAAAUACGAAUAUGUCUAUACAUACAUUUAAACAUGUACGUUCAUUUUAAGCUAUUCAUGUACAUAUUAUAUAUAUUUUUUAUAUAUAAGACGAUAGAUUCGAACCCAAAAUGUUUAUAAUUUUUGGAUUUUUUCUGAUUAGUUUUUGGAUUUGGGAAAUUUUAUAUAAAUACUACAAUCAUUGUUUAAAAAGGAAUAGUUGGUCAACGCAAUGAAUAAAUUUGUUUGUUAGAAUUAAACAGAUUUAUUCAUUGCGUUGACCAACUAUUCCUUUUUAAACAAUGCUACAAUAUGUGCAACCGAUUUUUCUCCUAUCAACGGUAACAGACUGCGACAGUUUUGAUGUUACAGAGGCAAAUCUUAUGAAUUGUUCCACAUAAAAUACCUUUUGCAGCAGAUAUUAUAUGGAAACAUUGAUCCAAACAUCAUUCACUAAAUAUCGUUUUUAUGGAUGUUAAUAUAAUUAAUAUAUAACUUUAAAAAGUAAGUAAAUUUUGUGGGAAAUGUAUAUUUUAUUUUUGUUAGAGUAGAAACGAAAUUCGGUCAGAAUGCGCAAAGAAGUGGCGGUAUCAAUGUUUGGUAUAAAUGCUUAAGAAAUUCGAGUACUCGCUUUAAAGAUAAGCACUUGCCGGUAUUUUAACAUCCCAUUAAUCAUUGUAAAUUAGUCAUUUUAGAACUUACAGUAAACACUUGCAUAUUAGUACAGAUAAAAUAAUUAGACCAUAAAUAUUAAGCAAGAGAAAUCAAGCUUUUUCUCUACUUUGAAGGACAAAAAAGCAAGUUCAUUAUCUGAACCGAACUCAAAAUAAUUUUGCACAUCAUUUGUCUGGGACAAAAUAUGGUUGACAUGAUAUCCGUGUGAAGACUUGGUCUACUAUACUCUUGGAUCAUUAUAUUGAAGAGAUAAACUCGACUCGGCAACAUUGUAAAUUUAUCAACAAACUAUUGGAUGUGAAUCCCCUUUUUGGCAAAUGCUUUAAUGUGGUGGUUUAUCAUAUUAAAUUUUUAAGUUGAUUUAACUUUUUCAUUGGAAAACAAUUAAGAAUGGAAGUAAAAUAAAAUAGAAAUUCUUCGAGAACAGGCAGUAAGCUUUUCGCUUAAUGUGAUGUCAAACUUUAGUAGUCCUUUUGCCAUAUUUCAAGAAGUAAAAAAUCUGCAUAAGUGUUAAUUUGUAUAUAAAACAAUUCGGUUUAUGUAUAUUUUAUAGAUGUACAUAAUUUUUGAAGUAGUAAACCUGCCGAUUUUUUUAGGUUAAAUCAAACCUAUUUCGUGCCAUGUUACCUCGAUGCAUUGACAUUGACAGUGUAUUGACAUUGACAAUUGUAUUAUUGUUUACAAACCAUUAGGGACAUACCUUAAAUAAAAAAUAUGUUCGUAUAUUUAAAGUCAGAUGUUUUUGUGUAAAAUUUCCCAAAAGAUUGUAAAAUUUAUUUAGUUUUAAGGGGCGCGGAAAUCCAUGUUUAUGUACCGUAUUGUAGAAACUUGGUUUAUUAUUUAUAUAUGAAUAAAUUGAUCUAAUUUAAUGACAAAAGUACUGGGUCUGUGUAGUUUAUAUGAGACGAAGAUUCCAAGACGAUUGCAAACUAACAUUUUAUCAAUUUUUGUUACUUUUUAAUUUGAUAACUCGUUAAAUUACAAGUCUUCGGUAUGUAUUGUAGGUCUUCAACACGUGGCCCAGUACUAGACACACAGUGCUUAAAUUUGUUUCGUAUCCAUUUCGAGAGGAUAAAUAUAUGACAUGUGGCAACACUACGGAGCUGUUUGGCCUUUAUUUCAAUGAAUCCUUAAUGAUACAUGAAUCCUAAGGCACAUCAAAGAAAAAUGAAACGUAAAUCACGUUUCAUGGAAAUAAAACACCGCUAAACAAAUAGACGUCCGGCCAUUUAUGAAACUUUCCGAAAAUAUAAAUGUGUUAUGAGCAUGAAUCACACUCGUUUCAUUGGUAGGCGGACUUCAAGAUUUGUUUAGCCGUGUUUUAUUUUCAUGAAACGUGUUUUACGUUUCAUGUUUCGUUGGUGUGCGGCUUGCCUUAAAAGUCUUAAAGUUGUCGAGUAUUGAGCAUUUAUUGGUAUCCCUUACUUCUGUAAUAAAUUCUUCACCGAUUGCAUAUAUUUGGUAUGCCCUCCACAACGUGCGUUUAAGAAAGGCAGUUAUUAACAAAAACCGGUAUUUGGUUAUAUCGGUUUUUUUACUUACGGUUUAACCUGGUGGUUAUAGCCGGUCAAAAAACCGGUUAUUCCAAAAACUGGUGUUCGGUUUUUUAAGGGGUUACAUAGGUCUUGCGGGUAAAAAAGUGACUUUUUUAAAAAAAUUAUAUCUCGGAAACUAAAAAUUAUUUUUAUUUAUAAUUGGAACAUGUAAAAGUAUAGUACUUACGGUACUCUCAAAAGAAUUUUCAGCCAAAAAUAUUCAUUUUUGUAGAGUUGACUGCAAUUUUUCGAUAACAGCCCUUUUUUGCGGUGGGCAGUAUAACUAAUUCCAGUCUCAUCUGAAAUCAAAAAAUCAAAAAGUUUGUUGUAGUUUAUACCUCUGGCUAGUGAAUGAACAAAUGAAUUUUUAUUAGGUGAAGUUGUUUUUGUUUUAUAAAAAAAAAACUACUUUAAAAAUGGCCAUUUUGGAAAAAAUGAGAAAAAUUGGGGUCGAAAAUGUGUUUAAACUUAGUAAAAUCUUCAAAUUUCAUUUUUUUUUUUAAUUCCUUCGUUCAUUCACUAGUCAGAGGUAUAAACUACAAGAAACUUUUUGAUUUCAGAUGAGACUGGACUUAGUUAUGCUGCCCACCGCAAAAAAGGGGGCUGUUGUCGAAAAAUUGCAGUCAACUCUACAAAAAUGAAUAUUUUUGGCUGAAAUUUUUUUUGAGAGUACCUUAAGUACUAUACUUUUACAUGUUCCAAUUAUAAAUAAAAAUAAUUUUUAGUUUUAGAGAUAUAUUUUUUUUAAAGUCACUUUUUUACCCGCAAGACCUAUGUAACCCCUUAAUCUUUCCGAAUCUGAAUCCUUGUUAUUCAUCUGAUAAACUAAAAGACUAAAUUUGUGAAUUUCGUUUAGAACUGCAAAAAUAAUUUACAAUGCCGAGAAUAUCUUCAGAUGCUAUAAUUACGCCAAAAGAAAAACUUUACAAUAUGUAUCUGAAUGGUGAAAUGGUGGACACGGAAAUAAUACUAAACGAUGGAAACAUUUCAGCGCAUAGUAUUGUUCUCACUGCAGGAAGUCCAAUAAUUUAUCGAAUGCUAAGACCGCAGAUAGCAGAUCUGAAAACAGUAGCUUUGAGCAGUAGCAAUUGACGAUUAUGUUGACCAUAAAAUGGACGUAUUGAUUUUCAAAAUAAAUUUGCAAAAUUUGGAAGCGUUAUUCAGUCUAUUGAUACUGAAAUGUCAAACCAAGCUAAACAUAAAUCACUUGACAGCUGUCAAAAUGGUCGCCAAAAAAAGUGUUGCUAAUAGGACUUUUCAACGUUUCUCACUUGUUUCGAGCGUCUGUCAUAAUAUGUCGUUUAACCCGUGUAUAAUAUUAAUACACACGGAUUAUUGGGACCGUGCAAGUUCGGAAAAGCGCCACCUGGUUUCUUCGCUCUGCACUUUUAUUCGCACUUUUAAUUAUAUUCGCCAAUCAUAUGGUCCUGGUUGCUGGAUAAUUGUCAAGGCCAUAGUCCAAAAAAAAAUAAUAAGAAAAAAUAAGAUUUAGGUUAUGUUAUUAAAACGUAAACAAUUGUAUGUAGUAAAUAAAAUUAGUUAUUAAAAUGCAGUACUGCAAGCAAAAUACAAUUAAUUAAAUUUACCUUUAUAUAAUAAUUGCAUAUCAUAUCAAUAUUGUGAAGCAAUAUAUAAUUUUUCUUCUUAAAUGACAAUAGGUAUGAAAUGUACGUCAAUUUGACAAUUUCAAUUGACAAUAUGAAUUAUUUAAGAAAGUUGCAAUAUUUCUCCGCUAUUCGCGCACGAUCGUUUCGCGUAUCCCUUCCGGGUACUUGCACACCGCGAAUACGACAUAUCGUUCAUUUGGAAGAAGAGGGUUCCAUCUCAAAAUGUUUUUUUUUAUUGCAUCAAUGCCUUCUAAAUAAUGACUUCUACUAUGGAAAAAAUAGUUACAUGUGUAAGUACACUAGUCUCCGAGAGAUGGCAGAUGCAACUCUUUGGUUUUCCCCUAACUUUCUCUACAGAACGUUAUUCGCUUUAGAGAAUACAGUUACAUCUUGGAAUAUAAUAGACAAAAAUAAGUUAGUUUAAUUAAAAGGGUGAUUUAUUUUUGGGAUAUAGAGUUAUAAGUAAGUAAAGAUAUAACCAUUUUUCUUAUUAAAAGUUAUAACACUAAAAGUGAACAGUAUGUUCUGAUAGAAGGAUACUUUCUUAGUUGUAACUUUUUUUUUGGAUAAUUCAUCAUAAAAAAGGAGCAAUGUAAUGUGCGUAAAUAGUUAUUUAUGAAACAGUCCGUGAAAAAACGCACGCGAUUUUUAGAGCACGAGCGACAACGGAGCGAGUGCUAUAAAUCGCGUAAGUUCGCAAAAAGUACUUCACGCACAGUUUCAUACAAUAUUGUAUCUACGAUAAACAAAUAAAAAAGCUGUAACUCUUCGUCACUGAAAUUCAUUUCUAUUCUACAAUUUUUAGAACUUUGACAUUUAAAAAUUCUAACUACUUUCAAACCACAAAACUAUCAAAACUUUUGUUGUAAUUCAUUGCUCAUAUUGUCAUCACCAUGAUAACGCGAAAGUUAAAAUAGUGCGAAAAAGUAAAUCCCAUUUAAAAUACAUUGUUACUUCACGCACACUUUAAAUCCUUCACGCACUGCUAUCUAUAAUGACAGUUUUCACAAACUAAAAACUUAUACAUAAUAUGACAUAGAGUAGAUAAAAGUAGUUUUGUGAAAUGUAACCUAAAGUUAUUUUGUUAUAGGUAUGUGAAUUAUUUUUUUGCAUUGAAUAAUCUUUUGUUUUCCUGAAUACUAUUUAAGUUUUCACAAAUAUUUGUAAAGAAAAACAAUUAGGUAUUACUAUUAUUGCUUAUUUAUGUUUCAUUUUUUGUUGUAUAAGGGAUACGAACUAUUUAAUUAGUUUUUUUUUUGUUUUAUUAAAUCAUAAUUGAUAUAAUGGCAUUUUUAAUAAUACUUUAUUAAUACAAUUCCUAAAAUGUAACUUUAUGAGCAAACAUAGUGCUUUAAAAAGAUAAUAUUUCUUUAUUCAAGGUUAUAUCUAAGUCUUUUUUCUAAACCUGAUAUCUUAAAAAAGAAAAUUCUUGUCAGAGCGAUAAAAAGAUCAGAAAUCUAUCAUACUUAAUCAUUAAAUCCUAUAAUCUCAAUAAACACUGCGCAAAAUAAAUGAAAUAAAAAUAAAAUAUGAAUCUUAAAUCCUUUCUACUGAAAAAGUGAAAAUUCUUAGAUAUUAUAACCCUCUUCUUCCAAAUGAACGAUAUGACAGAAGCUCGAAACAAAUGAGAAACGUUGAAAAGCUCUAUACACAUUUCUAUACCAAAAAACACCCAUUAUAAAAAAGAUUCUUAAUACAUGCAAGUUCCCUAUUAAAAUAUGUAUUCCUCGUAGAUCCAUUACAAGUUCUGAGAUAUAGUAGUGAACUCUCGAUAUUACUAAGAUAUAUCUUUACGAAAUUGAUCUCAUGUAUAAAGGUAUAUCUAUCACAAGUAAACAAAUUUAAGCACUGUACGUAUUUAUUUUUUCGGGAUUUUGUAAAUUUCGUGCAAAACGAUUGAAAAUUAAAAAUGAGCACAUAAUGAUUGUGAUGUAGAGUUUGAAGGAAAUGCCGAAGUGCAAAACAAACCAUUUAAAAUGACCGUACAUAGUCAAAAGGAUCUGAGCAUGAUAACUCGUAGAUAAUUUAUUAUUUUUUUAAGAAACGAAAAUGUGAUGUAUUAAACCAUAUAAUUUAUUGAAUAGAAUUGUGAUGCAAUAAAAAGUCAUGCGCAGAUUUUGUUAGAUUUUAUCCUAUUGUAUUUAUGAUAAUGAUAUUAACUUAAUAUUCUUUUGUUUCCACGGACAGUCUUCAGACUUGUUUAUAAAUAUUAUGAUAUAGUUUUUUUACUACAAAAAUAGGCUUACGUCAAAAUUAAAUCAAUAUGGCGACUGAGAGGCAAACAAAUGUUAUUUUAUCAGUUCUUAAUGUGUUUUAGAUCAUUUUAGUCACAUUUCUUUGUAAUUUUGUUUUGUACAAGGAUAAAUUUACCAUGUUCACUAGAGGAAUUCAUUUAAAAAGACAAUAUGCCUCAUUUUUGUUGUGUUUUGAAGUGUAGAAUGCGAAGUAAUUAUGAUAAAGUUUAGUUUUAUCGCUUAACAUCAGUUAGAUUUUAAGCAUAAAACUGAACUAAAUAAGUUAUCAUCUGAGAGACAAAACCAAUGGUUAAAUGCUAUAAUACGUCCUAUAAAAAUGCUAAAUAACUAACUACGCCCAUGUUACUUACGCUUGGAAAACUGUCUCCACAGUAGGUUAACUCAGGCCCCUUGAGGGAAAAUGGACCUAUAUUUAUUUUGCCAAUCUUUUGCUGGUAUCUACUAGUAACAUCUAUUGGCUACCAUCAACUUUCGAAAAUAUUCACUCGUUGUUCUGAAGCUAUUUCCUUGUGGCAUUUUUAUGAUUGACUAUUUAGAUGGGAAAUAAGCCACAAUUAAAUUGAAAAAAUAAUUGUAUUAACGUUUCGACGCUCGUCGUGUCGUGUCGUCAAAAUACAAAAUAAUAAAAUUAUUUUUUCAAUUUAAUUGUGGCUUAUUUCUCAUCUAAAUAGUUAAUCAUAUUCACUCAUGUUUAUUCACUGCUUAAAACUAAAUAAAGUCAAAAAACUAUACAAAAUCUACAACAAAGUGUUCGGAAAAUACAACUAAAAAACUGUUAACAGUAAAAAACUUAAGAAACAAUGUGGUACAAAUAUAAACAAAUACAACGUUUGACAGCUUGACUCCGAGCGAUAUUAUAAACGUCAAAGUUUUGGAAUGCCCUAUUGCCAAAACAGAAUUUUCAUCGUGGCCAUGUUUCUUGUACAGUGAGAAGCUAGGCAUCAUUACUUGUCUGAGAUUUUUUUCUUUGUUCUUGUUUACUGUAAAAAUAAUAUCUACAAUUCUUUAUUCUAAUUGAUUAUGUCAAUCGGUUUUCAUUACUUGCCGAAAUAUAUUACAGUAAACACGAACAAAGAAAAAUAUCUCUGACCAGUGAUGAUGCCUAACUUGUCACUGUACCGAGGAUCGUCGCCAUGAUGAAAAGUCAUAUUCUAAUGUUUUGGUAACGCUCUACCGUCAGAAAUCUUUAAAUGACGUAAGGGUAUUUUUGUAGUAAAAAAACCAUACACAAUUUGUUUAAUAACAUAUUUGUUUAAUUUGUUUGUUGUUGGUUGUACUUUUUUUAGACCAGUUUAACAACGUAAUAUCUGUCUUCAGCCAGUCUAUUAAAUUUGUAUUGGACUUCUUAGUAACUAAAGAAAUAUUAUUUAAUAUUAUUUUAUUUAAAAUUACAUUAAAUCAACUACAGGGUGUACCAAAAGUAGCGGGAUGGUCAAAUAUUUCGCGAAAUGAACAUUGGAUCGAAAAACUGAAAAAUAUGUGUUCAAUAUUUUUCAAAAAUCUAUCAAAUGAUACCAAACACGACUCCCCACGACCGCAUGGAAGUGGGGUGGAGGUAACUUUAUAAUCUUAAAUAGACUCACAUGUUUUAUUUAUUGCAGAUUUUGAUUCCGUACGUAAAAAUAAGCAACUUUUAUUCGAGACAUUUUUUUUAAUUGUAUGUAUGGCGCUAUAAUCGGCUAUAAUUGCAUAAAUAUAAUCGGCUAUAAUUGUAAUACAUGGAGCUAUAAUCGGAAAAAUGACUUAUCGUGAGACACUAGGUAAAUUAUAGAAACGGUCUAAUAUCUCGAGAAAUAUACUUCCAAGUAAAUCCAAAAACCAUGUGUUUAAUAUUUAUCAAAAACCUAUCGAAUGACACCAAACACUACUCUCCACUUGCACCCACGGGGGAUUAGGCGGUACCAUUUUUUAUUAUGCCUCCCCCCCCCCCCCAACAUUUAUCCAAGAUAUUUUUUAUAAUUUUUGAUAGAUGGCGCUAUAAUCGGAAAACUACGGUUUAUUGGCGGCAUCUAUCAACAGUUCUAAAAAAUGUUUCGAAUAAAUGUUACUUACUUUUUCAUGGGGAAUCCAACUCUGCAAUAAAAAAUGGGUGUUCCUAUUUAAGAUUGUAAAGUAGUUAUCCCCCACCCCACCUCCAGGGAUUGGAGAGGGGGGGUCGUGUUUGGUGUCUUUCGAUAGAUUUUUGAAAAAUAUUGAACACGUAUUUGUCAGUUUUUCGAUCCGACGUUCAUUUCGCGGAAUAUUCGACCGAUCCGUUACUUUUGGGACACCCUAUAUAAAAAAGUCUGAAGAAUUCGUAAUGUUGUAAGGUAAAAUUUUUUAGGAGGUAAAAAUUGACUGUUUUCCCGUUGUUUAUAUAUUGUUUUUAUUUAUGAAAAAGGGACAUACAUUUUACAACUUUCGGACUUAUAGUAUGCUCGGUUUUUUUAUUCUAAUUUUGGAAAUAAAUCUGAAGAAAUGUAAAUAAACAUUUUCCGUCUUACUUUAAUUUAAUUCAGUGGAAUUGACAAACACUUUCCUGUUCUUAAUGUUUUACUAAUUAGAAAAUAUCUUCAGUUGUACAUUAUUUAUAGUAAACAUUAAGAGAAUCUAA